CACGAUCUGAAGGAGACUUAGACGUUACGGGAACCGCCUCUUUUUGCUCUUGGGUAGAGUCACACCACCCAGACUGAAAACUUGGCGCUUGGCACUGAUAAGGUAGGGUAUGUGCAUUAAAGUUGGGAUUCUAGCCCAAGCCAGUGUAAGGCGGGGAAGAUGCAUAAUCAGACUAAAUACUGAUCCAACUCCCACAUUGAUGUUUCUAAGAGUGUUACGUAAGGGUGAAAUAAAGUUCAUCAUUCAUUUUUGUCAAGGGAACAUGAUUUCUCUACUACGUUUUAGUACGUCUUACACGCUAUGGAAGUCAUUGCCGUUACAUAGGAAAGACAUAAGAAAAAGUGUCGUCGACGAUUUUUGAAAUAGCUAUUUAUGAUCAUACUAUCCCCUUUUCUACCAACUGGUAGCUUUUAACAAUAAACCCAUGAAAACCCUUUUCAAUCACCUUUAUUAUGGUGUCAGGGUUAUCAUCCAGGCUCCGCUAUAUCGUC